AUGCACCAGGUGCUGAUGGAUUAUCCCGGCUUCAACAUACCGCUUGCUGACUACAUUCUCAAGAACCAUCCCGCCACGCGGGUGAUCUACUACAUUCCGCCCAAUGAAUGGCUCUUCUCCUCGUCCUCCUCCCCUCGCAUCGCAUCCGUUGCUGCCUGUCACCUCGUCAUCGCCACGUACCCUGACGAGGCCGAGUUCUUCUCAUCAUUGGGAGGCAGAGUGAAGCUAUUCGGCCACCCUCUAGUGGACACCGUAGCUCAUGCUCCAAGCCGACACCAGGCCCGCGCGCAGCUUGCAAUCUCCCUGACAGCCAGGGUGGUGGCGCUGCUACCAGCAUCACGCCCACAGGAGACGUCCUUCAUUCUUCCCAUCGUGCUGUCUGCUGCUCUGCUGCUCAAACAACAAAUGCAUGAUGCAGGCGGCGAGCCGCCACUCUUUCUCCUGCCUCUGGCAGACGAGUCUUUGCGAGGGCAGGUACAGGAGCAGCUAAGGGCAUUCAACAUGCACACGAGCUGUUGGGUGCUGGAGCCACACCAGAGCCUACCAGCCAUGGCAGCAGCUGAUGCUGCUAUCACCAAGUCCGGCAGUGUGACAUUGCAGCUGGCCCUGCUCAAGGUGCCGCAAGUGGUCCUCUAUCGUCUCUCCCCUGCCACCGCUCUCCUUGCCCGAUUGCUUGUGCACUUCCGUCACCCGUUCUACUCCCUUGUCAAUCUCGUGCUGCUGGAGCCGUUGGACUCGGUCAUCGCGACAUCAGCGUCUCGAAGCUGUGAAGGACUGACCUUUCAUUGCUCUGUGAUAGCAUUUAUUGUGGCUGCAUUUCACACUGGCUUGAAGCAGAAACACGCGGAACACGGGUUUUACUUCGAUGGGGACUUCGACCACAUAACGGAGGAUCAGGGGGAGCGGGAAAGGCCCGCGCCAGGCCAGCGUCACCCGCACCCCGCCCCGCAGCACCCUCCGCACCCCGCCAACCCGCAUCAGCAGCAGCACCAGCAAGAUCCGCGCAUACACCACUCCGCGCACCACGCGCACAGGUCCCGCGCGGCGGCGGCGGGCGGGCAUCCCCGGGCUCCGCACUCCGGGAGCUACGGCAUCGGAGGUGGUCGGUAUGACGACGAUGAGUUGGAUGAGGAGGAGGGCGUGGGGUCUGUUCAGGACCGGCCGUCGCUGCAGCAGCGCGCGCACUGGCCGCAGAGUUACCGUCAAUCCAUGGACAUUUACAGUCACAUGGCAUCGCCCAGCAUUCCGAAACUCUUCAGCCCACUGUCGCACCGACUGAGCGGCGCACUCACCUCCCCACACCCCUCCCUCUCCUACCGCGGAAAGUCCCCCAUCCUCUCCGCCUCCAGCUAUACCCAACCGCAGCUGCAGCAGGGAUUGCUGCGCCAUGUUUCCGCAGCUGAGCCUGUCGGUGCUGGGCGUGCACCUGACGUUCGCCAUUCACCCUCCACCAACCCCCCGUUCCCCCGCCCUGCACAGGCAUGCUGCGUGGAGUUUCUAAUCCUGGAAGGUGACAAUCUAGGCGCCAUGUUUCCGCAGCUGGGCCUGUCGGUGCUGGGCGUGCACCUGACGUCGCGGCAUGUGUUUGUGCUCAUCUCCGCGCUCUGCAUCCUGCCCACCAUGUACCUGCGCGACCUCAGCCUCCUCUCCUACGUCUCAGACGUCACCAUCGGCCUCUUUGGCUUCUGCUACUCGGGCCAUGCUGUGUUUUCCAACAUCUACAUGUCCAUGCGCAACCGCAACGACUUCAACAAAGUGCUCUACUGCAGCUUCAUCCUGUGCACGCUCAUCUAUGGCGGCAUGGCAGUGAUGGGCUUCACCAUGUUUGGGAGUGCGCUGGAGAAUCAGAUCACGCUUAACCUGCCCCGCCAGUUCAUUGCCUCCAAGAUCGCCAUCUGGACCACUCUGCCUGCCCAGUUCAUCGCCUCCAAGAUCGCCAUCUGGACCACUGUGACUCUAUACCAUCGCCGCGUCCCCCCAAGCACAUACGCGCUCUCCAUAAUGCCAGUGGCGCUGUGUCUGGAGGAGCUCCUCCCUUUAGAGCUCCCGUACUCUCCAGACUACCGCCGGGCAUCCCUCACCAUCCGCACUGCACUCAUCGUCUCCACUGUCGCUGUAGCCCUACUCGUGCCUUUCUUCGGUUACGUGAUGGCAUUCAUUGGUUCGUUUCUUAGCAUGACAGUGUCUGUCAUGCUGCCCUGUGCCUGCUACCUUCGCAUCCUUGGGCCUAAAGCCACACUCUCUCAGCACCUGUUGUGCUAUCUCCUCAUAAGCAUAGGCUUCGUCUGUGCAGUAGCCGGCACAGAUACCAUACCCACUUGUGCCUGUAGGGUGGGUUGGGAGAUGAAGGAGGAGGAGGAGGAGGAGGAGGAGGAGGAGGAGGAGGAGGAGGAGGAGGAGGAGGAGGAGGAGGAGGAGGAGGAGGAGGAGGAGGAGGAGGAGGAGGAGGAGGAGGAGGAGGAGGAGGAGGAGGAGGAGGAGGAGGUGCGCGGGGAGAGGGUGGGGUGA